AUGUCAUUUUAUCGUUCUGCUGUUUUUGGAAUCAAAGGUCUAUCGGAAUAUACUCGAUCUGGCUUUGAAUCGGCUGCUAAAGAAUUUAAUCACACUGAUAUAGAAGUCGAUUUAACUGAUACACAUGUAAUGAUUACUGGAGCUAAUUCGGGUAUUGGAAAAGUAACUGCACUUGAAUGUGCCAAACGGCAAGCUCAUGUUUAUAUGGUAUGUCGAGAUGAAUUACGGGGCAAAGAAGCCCAAGAAGAAAUUAUAUAUAAAUCGAAUAAUCAUAAUGUUGAGUUACAUAUUUGUGAUUUGUCGCAACCAAAAGAUGUUCUGAAAUUUACUAAAGAGUUUGUUCAAUCCAAGAAACCACUUAACAUUCUGUGUAACAAUGCUGGAUGUAUGAUCAAUGAACGACAAUUGAUUGAUAAUGAAUAUGAAGCUAAUUUUGCGACGAAUACAUUAGGAACAUAUAUUUUAACAACCAAUCUAAUUCCAGUACUUACGAAUAAUCUACCUGCUCGUGUAUUUACAACAAGUUCAGGAGGCAUGUACAUAUCUCGAUUGGAUCCUGAUGAUUUGAAUUCAACACAGAUGAGUUCAUUCAAAGGUGAUCUCGUCUAUUCACAGAAUAAACGACAACAAGUUGUUAUGAUGGAACGACUUGCACAACGAUAUUCAUCAAUUUUCUUCGCUAGCUGGCACCCAGGUUGGGUAGAUACACCGGCUUUACGUUCAGCAAUGCCAUCUUUUUAUGCCAAAAUGCAAACUCGACUUCGAACACCUGAACAAGGUGCAUAUACACUUGUGUGGCUUUGCUGUUUAAAAGAUAUUGCUAAUCGAUAUAUAAAUGGUGAAUUUUUUCAAGAUCGAACUGUUGUUUCAAAACACUUGCCAUUGGCCUGGACAAAAUCAAGCAAUGAGGAAGAGGAACGGUUCAUGAACAAUCUCGAUGAAAUUUGCAAUAAAUAUGCUCGAUGA